CCAAGCGCUUCAAAACAAUCCAACUUUCCCUCCGCAACAAAAUUUUAUUUUCAGUUCUAAAAUCUGAGAGAGAAUGGAAGCCGCUAAGGUCACCAAGGGCGCCGGAGGAAGAAAAGGCGGAGAGAGAAAGAAGUCCGUGUCGAAGUCGGUCAAAGCGGGGCUCCAAUUCCCAGUGGGUCGGAUAGCCCGUUUCUUGAAAAAGGGUCGCUACGCCCAGCGAACAGGCACCGGGGCUCCGAUUUACCUCGCCGCCGUUCUCGAAUAUCUCGCCGCUGAGGUGCUGGAGUUGGCGGGGAAUGCGGCACGUGACAACAAGAAGACUCGGAUAAACCCAAGGCACGUGCUAUUGGCAGUGAGAAACGACGAGGAGCUUGGAAAGCUUUUGCAAGGAGUGACCAUAGCGAGCGGUGGUGUGCUCCCAAACAUAAACCCAGUGCUGCUUCCAAAGAAGACCUCCAAUGCGUCUUCUGAAGCUGCUGAGAAGGCGCCCAAGUCUCCCAAGUCUCCCAAGAAGGCCUAAAACGCAUGUCGUUUUUCGUGACUAUAUAUAUAUAUAUAUAUAUAUAUAUAUAUAUAUAUAAUGUCAGUAGGGAUCUUUAGGGCCUAGUCUUAUUUUGUUUUUCUCGUGUAGUAGUUAUUGCACAAAUGAAAAUGUGGAUGGCAUAAUCGGAAAUUUCAUGUUUUGUGUAUUUUUGAAAUCUCCUUAAUUUGAGAUUUGAAAUUUCCAAAACUGGCAAUUAUUAUUUUUGAGAGAAAUUA